CAAAUUCCUGCCUAGGCAAGGCUCACAUAUUUAGUUUCCCGUCCAUGACACACAGCUAUCCUGAAGCAACACAGCCCCAGACCUAGGAGCCAAGCAUGACACUGCACAGACUUCCUGGCUGGCUGAAGGCUGUGGCCUGUGGCAUCCUGCUUCUCUUCGUGCAUGUUCAAGGCCAGGACUCAACCAGCCCCAUCAGGAACACACACACAGGCCAGGUCCGAGGCAGCCUGGUCCAUGUGAAAGACACUGAAAUCAGUGUCCACACCUUCCUGGGAAUUCCCUUUGCCAAGGCUCCAGUCGGAGCACUGCGCUUUGCACCUCCUGAGCCCCCCGAACCAUGGAGUGGUGUGAGAGAUGGGACCUCCCACCCAGCCAUGUGUCUACAAAAUGAUGAUAUGAUGAAUUCUGAGGGUCUGAAGAUGAUGAAACAGAUCAUGCCCCCCAUCCCUGUGUCUGAGGACUGCCUGUAUCUUAACAUCUACACACCAACCCAUGCCCAUGAGGGUUCUAACUUGCCUGUGAUGGUAUGGAUCCAUGGUGGUGCUUUGGUUGUAGGCAUGGCUUCCAUGUUUGAUGGAUCCUCACUGGCAGCCAUGGAGGAUGUGGUGGCGGUGGCUAUCCAGUACCGUCUGGGUGUCCUGGGCUUCUUCAGCACUGGAGACCAGCACGCCAAAGGCAACUGGGGCUACCUAGACCAAGUGGCUGCCCUACGCUGGGUCCAGCAGAACAUUGCCCACUUUGGAGGCAACCCUGACCGGGUCACCAUUUUUGGCGAGUCAGCAGGUGGCACAAGUGUGUCUUCACAUGUUGUGUCCCCCAUGUCCAAAGGUCUCUUCCACGGAGCCAUCAUGGAGAGUGGGGUGGCUGUCCUUCCUGGUAUCAUCUCCAGCUCCUCUGACAGGGUUUACAGAAUAGUAGCCAAUCUGUCCGGCUGUGCAGCUGUGAACUCAGAGACCCUGGUGCACUGCCUAAGAGGCAAGAGUGAAGCAGAGAUUCUGGAUAUUAACAAGGUCUUCAAGAUCAUCCCUGCUGUGGUGGAUGGAGAGUUCCUACCCAAACAUCCUCAGGAGCUGUUGGCCUCUGCUGAUUUUAACCUUGUCCCCAGCAUCAUUGGUGUCAAUAACGAUGAGUAUGGUUGGAUUAUACCUAUGGUCAUGGGCUCCUCUCAGAAAAUAAAGGAAAUAACCAGAGAGACCCUGCCAUCUGUUCUGAAGAGCACAGUAGUAGAAGAGAUGAUGUUGCCUCCUGAGUGUAGUGACCUGUUAAUGGAAGAAUACAUGGGAAACACUAAGGACUCCCAGACCCUCCAAAUACAGUUCACAGAGAUGAUGGGGGACUUCAUGUUCAUGAUGCCUGCACUCCAAGUAGCACAUUUUCAGCGCACCCACGCUCCUGUUUACUUCUAUGAGUUCCAACAUCAGUCCAGCUUCUUCAAGGAUAUCAGGCCACCCUACGUGAAGGCUGACCACGGGGAUGAAAUUUUUCCUGUCUUUGGCUAUGUAAUCUUUGGUAUAAAACUUCCCAGCACUGAGGAGGAGGAGCUACUAAGCAGACGGAUAAUGAAGUACUGGGCCAACUUUGCACGGCAUGGGAACCCCAACAGCGAGGGUCUACCCUACUGGCCCAUGUUGGACCAUGAGGAGCAGUACCUGCAGCUAGACAUCCAUCCCGCUGUGGGCCGAGCCCUGAAGGCCAGCAGGCUGCAGUUCUGGACCAAGACUCUGCCCCAGAAGAUCCAGGAGCUGAAGGGAGCUCAGGAGAAGCAUGCAGAGCUGUAGUGCCCUGUGUCAGGAAAGGCGUGUGGGCUUCCUGUCUGAGGUUUGGAAAGCCUU